AUGAGUGUUCCUCGGCAGCCCCGGAGAAUAGGAAACAGGGUGAAUGUACAUGUAUUUCCUCGACUGGCCGUCUACGGAACCAGGAACAUUAGAGGCCGGAGUCGAAAUAGAGACAAAUAUGUCUACUUCGACGACAGCAAGUAUUUCUUUUUGAAG